AUGGGCACCGGUAUGGUGUCUACCCUCUUGAAUACGCUGCCGUACAAUGCGCGCUGGCUGUACUGGAUCUCUAUCGUCAUAUUUGCUUUGAAUGUUCUUCUUUUCCUCAUAGCAUGUAUCAUCUCAUUCCUCCGAUAUAUCCUCUACCCGGAAAUCUUCAGGGCCAUGAUCUCGCACCCAGUGCAGUCCAUGUUCAUCGGCACACUACCAAUGGGCCUAGCGACUAUCGUCAACAUGUUCUGCUUUGUCUGCGUGCCUGCGUGGGGUGAAUGGGCCACCAGUUUUGCCUGGACGAUCUGGAUCAUCGAUGCUGUGAUCUCGGUGGUAUCUGCAUUAUCGCUACCAUUCUUGCUGAUGUCCGGGACCGACGAGAUCCAGCUCUCCUCCAUGACUGCCGUCUGGCUCGUCCCUAUCGUCGGCUGCGUGGUCACGGCCUCCUCGGGAGCUGUGGUGGCUGAUAUCCUGCCGAAUCCACAGCAUGCCCUGUGGACGAUCAUCGUCAGCUAUGUCCUCUGGGGCAUUGGGCUGCCGCUGGCAUUGAUGGUCAUGGUAAUUUACCUGCAACGGCUGACACUGCACAAGAUCCCACCAAAGGCCAUGAUCGUCAGCGUCUUUCUGCCUAUAGGACCUUUUGGCUCGGGGGGAUACGGAGCUAUGAAGCUAGGCAAGGCCGCUCAGACAAUCUUCCCGCAGACGCACACUCUCGGAGACCUAGCUGGCUCCGCGUUCUACGUAAUGGGCAGCUUGGUAGCGCUGAUCCUGUGGGCGUUUGGCCUAGUGUGGCUUUUCUUUGCGUCUGCCUCUAUUGUCCGGUGCAAGACGUUCCCGUUCAAUAUCGGCUGGUGGGGAUUCACCUUCCCCAUCGGCGCCUAUGCGAUGUGUACCUACCAGAUCGGCAUCGAGCUCCCCUCGGCAUUUUUCCGGAUUCUAGGGACGAUUAUCGCUCUCUGCGUGGUGGCUUUGUGGAUUGUGGUCAGCGUAGGGACGUUGAAAGGAGUGGUCUCUGGACAGAUGUUCCAGGCCCCAUGUCUGGCCGAUAUGAGGCCGAAGGGGGAUAACAAGGAUGCUAUUGUUAAAGCUGCGUAA